CUCAGUUUUAGCGAUCGCUCCUCUGAGCCAAAGCAAUGGCUUUUUAGCGUCCUAACACAACAGAAACCAACGGCAGCAGAAGAACAUUUUCUGGUCCGAAACUCCCAAUUUGCAAGAACUAGGAAUUGUCUUGUUCUAUUGUAUUUUGAUCAAAUUUAAUCAAAUGAGAAGGUAAAAAUGGGCUCCGAUUCGAACUCCACACCGGCAUCAACAUCCACACCAACGGCUUCGCCCAAUGGGAAGCGAAGUAGAGAUCCCGAAGACGAAGUCUAUCUCGACAAUCUCCAUUCUCACAAGCGUUACCUAAGCGAGAUAAUGGCAUCUAGCUUAAAUGGAUUAACUGUUGGAGAACCACUUUCUGAAAAUCUUAUGGAAUCUCCAGCAAGGUCUGAAGGCAUGUUCUAUGCCAGGGAUGAAAUGUCCUUGCAAUAUUCACCAAUGUCAGAAGACUCGGAUGACUCUAGAUUUUGUGAGACCCCUAUAAAUACUUGCUCGUCACAACCUGAGAGUCUGCCCACCAGUCCAGUUUCUCCCUAUAGGUACCAAAGACCAUUUGGUGGGUUCUCUACCGCUUCUUCUACCAGCUCAUAUCCAGCGCAUGGCUGCACUGCCACUAGUGUCACUUGCUCACAACCUCGUCAACGAGGUUCAGAUUCUGAGGGUCGGUUUCCAUCAUCACCUAGUGAUAUUUGCCACUCAGCUGACUUGAGGAGGGCUGCACUCUUGCGAUCCGUGCAGAUGAGGACACAACCUCCUGGAUCAUCAUCUUUUGAAUUGCCUUUUGGCUCAGGGCAGGAGCCUGUAUCUAAUAUAGAAUCUGAUGAGCGGCCAUGCUUAUAUAUGAAGUCCUUAAUUGAUGAGAGAGAUUAUCAGAUUGAGUGCUCUUCUAGGGGUGCCACUGGACCUGAAUUUAAUGAUGGAAAGUCAUGCAGAGUGUUGAAUAUGAAUAUAAAAAGAGAUGAGUCUGGGGGUUAAACACUUCUGGAACUGGAUUAUCAAACUGACUUUGACCACAUCUUGUAAGAUUGCUAUAGCCUGCAGCAGUUCAAGCAUUUUUUCUGACCUAAAAGCUGUUUUUUUUUUCAUUGAAUUCGUUGAUGAUUGUGAGUUUUGUAUCAGGCUUUUUUUUUUUUACUAAGAGAGAAUCUAUAUGCUGCAUAUACAGUUUUAAUAAUGGCUAUUUCAUACAUCCAAAAGGAGGUUUUGAGGAUGUGAUUAUACAUUGUCACCUGCUUAAGUAAGCCAUCACUUGAUAUUGGUGGCCAAAUAUGACCAAAGUUGGGUUAGCCAAAUCUGACCAAAGUUGGGUUAGUGAUCUUUGUAAAUCAGUAAUAUAUUAUAUUUUAUA